AUGUCAGAGUCGGGACACGGCCAGCCGGGGCUGUACGAACGCCGACGCCGCUGGAACCGUGAUAAGGAACUGGGUCACCAGAGCCUGUCUGGGCCAGGCCGGGACCGGGACUAUGUCCCCUGGGACCGCGAUCGAGAGCGGCGGGACCCCGUGGACGAGCCAAUGGGAUCCAUGAUGCAGAAGACCCCCAUCAUCCUGGCCAAGCCGCCCGCAGAGAGGUCCAAGGGAGCCCCCCUGCCCCCUCCCACCCCAGCGCCUGCCGCCGCCCCACCCAUCGAGAAGCCCAUUGUGCUGAUGAAGUCCCGGGAGGAGGGCAAAGGCCCUGCAGGGGCAAUGGAGACGUCUGCCCUGCCCCCCGCAGCUGUUGCCAAGGUAGAGAAGGAGGGCCAGCGCCCCACGCAGCCCGUCUAUCAGAUCCAGAACAGAGGCAUGGGCUCAACCGCACCCAGUGGCGCCAUGGACCCUGUGGUUGGCCAGGCCAAGCUUCUAGCCCCAGAGAAGAUGAAGCACAGCAUCAAACUGGUGGAUGACCAAAUGAACUGGUGCGACAGCGCCAUCGAGUACCUCCUGGACCAAACGGAUGUGCUGGUGGUCGGCGUUCUGGGAUUGCAGGGUACUGGCAAAUCCAUGGUGAUGUCACUGUUAUCGGCCAAUCAACCUGAAGAGGACCAGAGAACCUACGUGUUUCGCACUCAGAGCCAAGAGAUCAAGGAGCGCGGGGGCAACCAGACCAGCGGCAUUGACUUCUUCAUCACUCAGGAGAGGAUCAUCUUCCUGGACACUCAGCCAAUCCUCAGCCCCUCCAUCCUCGACCACCUCAUCAACAACGACCGCAAGCUGCCUCCCGAGUAUAACCUUCCCCACACCUACGUUGAGAUGCAGUCUCUCCAGAUUGCCGCUUUCCUCUUCACCGUCUGCCAUGUGGUGAUCGUGGUGCAGGACUGGUUCACGGAUCUGAGCCUGUACAGGUUCCUGCAGACUGCCGAGAUGGUGAAACCUUCCACUCCGUCCCCCAGCCACGAAUCCAGCAGUGCCUCCGGCUCAGAUGAGGGCACGGAGUACUACCCGCACAUCGUCUUUCUGCAGAACAAAGCCAAGAGGAAGAACUUCUGCCCCCGGAACCUGAAGCAGAUGCACCUCGUGAUCGAUAAGAUCAUGAUGCACUCCCAUCUGAAAUACAAGGGCACCCUUUCCAUGCUGGACUGCAAUAUAUUCCCCGGCCUGCCCCCGAGUUACCUGGACACGGAGGUCAACCUGUUCUUGCUGCCUUUCAUGGACACGGAUGCAGACGACGCUUUGCCCAGAGCUUCCCCGGGAAGCAGCCCACUCUUCUCCCUUCUGCCUGGCUACAAGGGGCACCCCAGCUUCCAGUCUCUGAUCGCCAAGCUCCGGAGCCAGAUCAUGUCCAUGUCUCGGCCUCAGCUCUCCCACACCAUCCUGACGGAAAAGAACUGGUUCCACUACGCGGCGCGCAUCUGGGACGGUGUGAAGAAGUCCUCUGCCCUUGCGGAGUACAGCCGCCUGCUGGCGUGAACGUGGUGCCUUCGUGCGUGCUGGAGCCAGACGCCUCCUAUCUCGAGUCGGGCGAGCCGGAGUCCCUGUUCCCGCCGUUCAGGGAUACCAAGUGGUGUGCGGAACCCAGUGGGGGAGCGUAGAGGCAGGGCCGUCAGGUGCCAUAACGAGAUCAAGGAGCAGACAACCGCCGGAAGUGGAAGACGUGUCGUCGUUUCUGUGCUGGGCCGUCGUCCUGCCUGCCACCCAGCACGGAUCAUGUCUCUCGUUGCCGUUUCUCAUUUCCAUCUGCACACCUAGAAGGAAGAGCUGUUCUCUUGAGCUGCCGUAUCCUUCUGGAAAUGGGGAGUCUUUCAGCCCAGGUGAAGGUUCUACCAAGACCAGCUGACCCCCCCCCCCCCAGCCCUGCAGCACCAGAGAGACCCCUCUGCAUUAGCUUUGGUGGGUCAAGGUCAGCGGGGAGUUAACUUUUGCGGCUUGGAGGAUGCUGCUGUCUGAUUCGUCUUUCCCCUGACCCCUCCCUUUCCUUCUGUACUUUUCUUGCAUCCAUCCACCUCAAGGGAAAGGGUAUUUAAGCCUCCCCACCCUCUUUGCUAUAUCCUGUGUCUCUCCCAGAGCCAUUCUGGGAUUCCCCAUUCUUCUGCCGCAAAGUGAAUCGAUCACUCCCUUUUGCGCAUCCGUUCCAUUGUUCAAUAAAGCAUGUUGAAUUGC